AUGCGAUGGCCACCUCGCUCGCCUCUGGCGCUCCUCUUCGUCUCUCUGGCUACGCCUCGGGCCGCGCUGGUCCCCGCAGUUCUCGCUGCGGCUGCGCCGGACUUUAGCCUAGCGACGUCUGUCAACGCAAAAACAAUGACGCGGCUCACGCUCGGCGAUUGCUUUGAGAUUCGGCAGGUGCUGCUGCUGGCGGCGCAGCAGCCGAGCCCGGACGGGCACGAAUACAAGACUUGGGACGAGAUGAUGGACGACGUCUCCAUCAAGGAGCACCCCCGCUUUUCCCAGGACAAGCAGAAUGCCGCGAGCUCUGAGGACCGGGCGGCGAGGAGAUGGUUCGACGAGCACUUCAACCGGCAGCUCGAGCGGGCUAUCGAGGCGGACAUGCCGCGUUUUUACGCCGUCACCCACGACGCGCCCACGCCCUCCGGCCCGAUGACGCUCCUCUCGCUCCGCGCCGCCUUUCUCUCCAGAGAGCACUCGGAGGAGUCGUUCCUCUGGGUGCCCGGCAUGCGCGAGUGGGCCCGCGCGCAUCAUUGCAUGCCCGCGCUCACCUCCAUGUUCACGCGCUACCGCGACUCUGGCAAGUGGACCGGCAAGGCAAAGUACUCGGACGUGCAAAGAGCCAAGGGGAUGGCCGACAUCGGCGCGAUCGUGCUGGAAGGGUGCGACUCGCUCAUCUUCGUGCAGCCGCGCGUCGGGGCGGUCAUCGAUGAGGUCAAGGGGACAGCGCCGAACGGGAGGGUGCUGUACGGGCCCCGCCCGGGCGACAACACGAACCUGUUUGAGGUCUUUCACUCGCCUCGCGGCGACUCCGGCAUCGGCCUCACAGCGCCGCUCGUGCCGGCGCUGGCGCGGGAGAGGCCAACGCCCGAGGAGGCCGACGUCCAAUUCGAGGUCAACGGAGACGGGACGUGGCGACGCACGCAGGCCAUCCACGAAAAGGGCGCAUGGAAAGCCUUCAACGAGAAGGUGCAGAGGGGCGGGGAGAGGGGCGAGGCGGGCGGUCAGGCGGGCGGCCUCGGGCUCAGGGAGUACAUGCACACUCGGGCCGACGCCAUGAGCUCGCAGCGCGUCGAGAUCGGCAGGGCUGUGGGCCAUAGUGGAGGCGCCAACCCGGACCCGCAUCCAGCCCCCGCCGAGCAGCCGUGGCUGCCGCCGCUGCCGCUGCCACCCCGCCCGCCGGGCUCGCCGGCGGCGCGGGCGCCGCCGCCGCCAAGAGCGCCGCCGCCGCUGAGCACGCCGGGAGGAAAGCGGCCGCCUAGGCUGAAGGCGGGGCCUGGCGAGCCCGCUCCGAGGCAAACAGAAAGCGCGGCCGCGUCUGGCAUCGAGAGGCCGGAGAAGGAGGGCGGGGGCGGCGCGGCGCCGCCAAGGCUGACCGGCGCGGACCGGCGGGAGAGGGUCCUCUUCUACGUCGGCAGCGAGGCGGAGGGCGCGGCGUGGGACCCGCUCGACGCAGGCGCGCUCUUUGACGAGCGGACGCAGGCUGCGGAGUCGGCGCGCGCGGUGGCGGCGCUCGGGUACGCGGUGGUCGUUGCUGGGCCGAUGGUUGCGUCGGCGGAGGGGACGGCGGCGGACGGGGUUCAGUACGUACACGCGGAGUGGCUCGUCCUCACCUCUCCGCCGCGCAGGCCCGGCACGCCCGCCUCGCCCGGCAGGGUCCCGCCGUGGGUGGACGGCAUCGCGCCCGGCGAGGCGCUCUUCGACCACGUGGCGAUUGCGCUCUUCGACCACGCGGUGAUUGUGCGGCUGCGUGAACGGCGUCUCUUCACACCCGAAGCUUUUGCAGCGCGCCUCCCCCUCCUCGCCCGCGUGGGCGUCUACCUCUGGGUCGCCGAGAGGGAGGCCGAGUCGCUCGGCCUGCCCGCGCCGCCCGCCAGCGCCGACGACGCGCCCUCUGCCGGCGAGGGCGACCAGGGGAGAGCGACGCCGGCGCCCGAGGCACGGCUGUCGAUGCCUCUGCUCGCGAACCUGGCGGGGAGGCUCGCGCGGCUGGUCGUGCCGUCGACCGCGCACAAGCGAGUGCUCGAGGCGAGGCUGAGGCCGCUGUCGCUGCCGCCGACGCGCGGCCCGCCGCGCUCUCGCGUGGCCGUGGCCCGCCGCGCUCUCGCGUGGCCGUGGUGCGGCCUCUGGCCGACGGCGCGCGGCUUCACGACGGCGGGCGGCAAGUGGGGCCUCACACUGUCAAAGCCGGAGGCGGUCGUCUUUACGCGGCUCGAGGAGGCGCCGUGGGGCCGCUACGCCGGGCUGCUGCACCGGCGCUCCCUGACGGAGGAGCCGCUGCGCGCGCGCGGCGUGAACGGCGUCUCUUCACACCUGAAGCUGCGUCACGUGCUCCGCUGUACUCGGCUGUACUCGGCCGUCCUCAGCCGGGACCAAUACGCCGCGCUGCACGACGGAUCGCCCGGCAAGCCGCCGCUGCCCGUGCGCGCCACGAAGCUGCCUCCGCCGUCGCCGCCGCCGGCGCGCGGCACAGAAAGCUGUUACUCGUUCGGCGACUUUCGGCGACAGCACCAGCUGUACGCGGGGCUGCUGGUGCUCGGCGGCUGGCUGGCGGGCUCGGUCUGGAUCCUCCUCGCCACGUGGCGGCAGAAGGGGACGGCCGCACCGCCGCACCGCGAGCGCGAGCACGGCUCCAGCUCGCGCAAGCACAAGGCGGCCUGUGGUGAGUGCGUCGAUGCCAAGGUGCGUGCCCUGGUGGGUGCCCUGGCCUCGGUGCGCGACACGCGCGCCGAGGGCUUCGGAGGCGGGUAUGUCGUGAUGGCGGUGCAGGGAGAGUUCCCGCGCGCGCGAGGGGCAGGCGUUCCCAAGGGGACGAUCCUGUGCCUCGGCAGGGUGCUCGACGCGCACGAUGAGCAGGACGACGCGGAGGGUGGGCGACGGGAUUGGGAGGAGGACCCGCUCGGGUUCGACACCAACCCGGGGCUGCUCCGCGCCAUCGCCCUCGGCCUGCCCGCAGCCAUCGGCACUGUCCAGCGGCCUGCCAAAGGGUGGACACUCCGGUCGGACUUGCCGUCGCCGCACACGCUCUUCAUCCUUGCCCUGGAGAAGAACGGGCUGUCGACGAUUGACAACCUCUUCCAGUCCUUGUUGCGGAUCCGCACUCGCAAACGAGCUCCGCACCCGCAGCUGAAUAUGAGCAGAGUCAGUAUCGACAUGUGGUCCGCGAGCGGCCGGCUGGAUCCUUACUGCAGCAGAUCAUCGAACCUGCAGCUUCUCGAUGCGAUUGCCGCCAACUCUUUGCGCCCUAUGCCCGCCGGCAGUCCUUGGUCGGAGCGGAGCGGGUGCGGAUACGCGGCGACGUUUGCAUUGGAUGCAGCAUCGAUGGCGCACCUGGGCCAGCGAAGCUCAGACCUGCCGCAGCCGAGGCUCCAUCCUGCCCGCCGGCCGGGUGGAGAGGGGGCCGGCUCCGCACGACCGCGAGUCGACCGCGAGCCCAUACUGCAUAUCGCGACAGUGCGCGACCCGCUCGACCGCUUUGUAUCGGCCUACAACGAUCACGGCGUGGGUGGAAGCGGCAUCGCACGCUGUCGCGUCACCCAAAAGCAUAUCGAAGCGGCUCUGCGAGAGGGGCGCAAACCUCCUCCUCCGUGUCCACCGCUGGCUCUCGAGCUGCGGAAGCACGCGCAGCGCCUGGCCGACGGGAGGUUCAUCACACGGCUGACUCCACAUCACGCAGGCAUCCACUUCUUCUCCCAGUCGUACUUCCUAUCGGCCACCGAUCGCGACGGCGCACCGCUGGAGUGGGACAUGCUCGUGCGGCUCGAGCGGCUCGAGCAGGAAUAG